AUGCUGCCCACAGUGGUUCUUCUACUCUCCUCAGUCGCCCUCGCUCUCUCCCUCCAAGUCCCCGAGCCAGCAGCUGGUUCCUCCCUCUACGUAAUUCAAUUACGCUCCGCGCCUGCCGUUGCCGUUUAUAAUGGCGGGAUUCCCGGGUUCCCUGGCACCGCCGCCGUCCAAAACGCCGCAUCUCACGUCGCGAAUGCUGCCGGCCGCCUGUUUUCGCGGCGGCCGCGGGUGAACCUGAAGAUGCCGCAUGUGCGCGCGUUUGCGGGGAUGCUGAAACGGCAACAGCAGAGGGUGGCGCGGGAUUUGGGGAUCGGCGCGAGGCGCCUAUUGUACAGCUACACGCACGUGGCGAACGGAUUCGCGGCGGAGCUGACGGCGGGGGAGGCGCGGCGGAUGCGGCGCCACCCCGCCGUGGGCAGCGUGACGCGCAGCGGGCGCUUCCGCCUGCUCACGACCGCGUCGCCCGCGUUCCUGCAGCUGCCGCCGUCGCUGUGGGCCGCGGCGGGCGGGCAGAGCAGCGCGGGCGAGGACGUGGUGGUUGGCGUCGUGGACACCGGCAUCUGGCCCGAACACAAGUCCUUCGCUAACGACUCUUCCUCCGCGUCGUUCCUCUACGAUAGCGCGCCAGAGGGGUGGCAGGGGUCGUGUAGGAAGAGCGCGGACUUCCCCGCGUCCGCGUGCAACGGCAAGAUCGUGGGCGCACAGGUGUUCUACGCGGGCUUCAAGCGCGACUCGCGCGACCGCAUGGACUUCACCAAGGACUGGCUCUCGCCGCGCGACGCCGACGGCCACGGCACGUGGUGCUCGGGCGCAUCAACCGGGAAUGGCAACGUGCAGACGAACACGCUGGGCCCAAUCAGCGGCAUGGCGCCGCGCGCGCGGCUAGCAAUGUACAAGGUGUUUUGGAAGCAGCGCGGCGGGUACAUGUACGCCACGUACGCGGACAUCUUCGCCGCCGUCAACCGCGCCGUGGCCGACGGCGUGGACGUGCUCAGCCUGUCGCUGGGUGGGUCGGACGACUCGGCAACUUACUUUGACGACUCCACCUUCAUCAAUGUCCACGCGGCGGGUGUGGUGGUGGCUUUCGCGGCGGGCAACACGGGCAGUCCGUGGCGAGUGGGCAUGGGGUACCGCACUCUGGAUAACUUUUCCCCGUGGUACAUCACCGUUGGCGCCAGCACGAUCAGCCGAUUCUCAACGAUGACACCAGCAUCGUCGUCGUCAUCAUCAUCGCCAAUCAAGCCGACAGAAACAGCAACAUCGCCCAGCGAAGCACCAAUAGUGGCGGGUUUCUCAUCCACGGGUCCUCUCGUCCCUGCGGUGUACAACCCCAAUGCCCCAAAACCCACCAACGACAUCCUCAAGCCCGACAUCCUCGCUCCGGGUGUGUCUCUCUGGGCGGCUACUGCUGGGUCGUCUUUGACCGACACCACGAGUUGGUACGCGCGGCUCUCGGGAACGUCUAUGGCCACGCCUCACAUCGCGGGGAUUGCUGCACUGCUCGUGCAGCGAAACCCUGACUGGACUCCCGCCCAGAUCAUUUCCGCAAUGAUGACGACUGCUACAGUCACCACUGGUUGUGCAGCCAAUAAGGAGAUGAGUGGUGGCGUGACGGGAAGGGACCAGCUGGAGGUGGUGUGGGGUGACACGGAAAAGGGGAUGGGAGGGGAGCUGAGGGUUCAAUGGUGGUGA